UCCUAGCGCAAUUUUGCACCGAACUUUAUUCCAUCAGCUUCAAAAAAUAACGGUUUUCAAGUUGUUUAACAAUAAUAAUGAGCAAACUUUCCAAAUCUAAUUACCGGAAGUGCUUUCUCCGCAACGUUGAAAUCCCUCUGGCUAGAAGUAAGGCAAAAGUUCUUAAACCAACACAAAUCACUACCGCAGCAGCGACCUCCAGGGCUCCAACACAGAACAGAAUUUCCACCGGCAAAGCCACUGAUUCGAACAAAUUCAAACAACCAGAACUACACAGUGCUUUGAAUGUCCGGAAGGAGAUAGAAAAGGUCAAGUCCACGCACACGAAAGCUCCGACGAGCAUAGGUGAACUUACUCCUAAGAGCAAAAAGUUUGUCCGCGAUCAGAUUAGCAAAAAACUUAACUUUCAACACGACGAGAAUGUCUUCAAAGGAUUGGUCCCGGUGAAUGUGAACGAUUCGGUGCUGAUUCCUACCGGCCGGAAACCUCUCAGCAGUCGAUACAUUGCGAAGGAAAAGCGCGACCCGGAACCGGAACUGGGCGACUUUUUGCGCCCGAUUACCAAGUGCAACGUGCCGUUCGAACCGUACUUGCCACCGGAACCAGCGCCACGGCGACCAAACUUCAACAACUUUGAUAACAUAAUUGAUGUGUUCGGCAAGAUUGACGUGGGAGCGUGAGACGAAUGAGCGGUUAGAAUGGUGACAACAAUACUGAACUGAUA